AUGUUUGAUUACACUGACGCAGCUUCCAUCGCCAACGGUAGAGUUACAGUCAUUGACAACAUUCCUUAUUACGUUGGCGGAGUUCCAGUAUCACAACUGUUGGAUGUGUCAACCUCUUCAUUCAAUGUCGAAAAUCUUCCUGCUGUAGAUGUCAUACCUAUGACAGUGAUCUCAAGCAACGUCUCAACAUUUACCGGUCACGAACUUAACACUAUUGUAUCAGAUUACAUUUCGCAAGAUGAUGUCUUCAGUUCUGCAUUUCUCAGCGGCAAAUCCCCAUCCAUUGAAGCUCGAUCUCUUCUUCCGGUUUUAGAAACGAAGGGGACUGCAGUCUUCCUGACCUCGCCGAACUAUUCUACUGGAAAGCUCCAGAGUGCCAUCAAAACUCGCACCACGCAGGCCCUCCCCAACGGGCCCUACUUUCUAUCCGCAAAAACAGGGCAGGUCUUCAAGGCACACCGACUGUAUGAAGAUACCCAAUCUGCUUUUUUGGAGCCUGCAGUCAGCAAUGAAAACGGCGGAUAUAGUGCUCUCUCAGCUACUUCUGAACUUCGAUUGGGUGUCAAAGAUAUCUUUGAUGUCAACGGACUACGCACUAGCGGUGGAAAUAAAGCCUAUUACUCUCUUUAUGACCCUCGCAAUGCCACCGGUACGGCUAUUCAACGACUCAUUGACCAUGGUGCAGUAUUUAUAGGCAAGAUGGGUACGGUUCAAUUUGCUAACGGCGAUCGGCCUACUGCCGACUGGGUGGACUUUCAUUGCCCUUUUAACCCGCGAGGUGAUGGCUAUCUAGACCCUAGCGGUUCAUCCACCGGUCCUGGAGCAGGCGUAGCUGCGUAUGAUUGGCUUGAUAUUGCUGUCGGUAGCGAUACAGGGGGUUCCAUGCGCGGUCCAGCCGGUGCUGAAGGUUUGUUCGGAAAUCGUCCUACUGCCGGAGCAGUCGAUCUCGAUCAUGUUAUCCCUCUUUGUGAUGGAUUAGAUACGGCUGGAGUCUUUGCCCGGAGCGCUGAUACCUGGGCUCGAGUGGUCCAUAGUUGGUAUUUAGACUACAAGGGAGAUUACUAUUCCUAUCCAAAGAAGCUUCUCUAUCAAGAUAGCUCCUUCUCAACAGAAGCCAUCAACAAUUCCGACGCAUCAGCUUUGCUUGAAGACUUUGUCAGCAAGUUCGAAAAGUUUCUAGGAACAAACCGUACCCAUAUCGACAUCAUUGGUACCUGGAACAUGACCAGGGCACCCGAUGCUCCGGUAUCUUUGCAGGAGAUGCUUCACUAUACCUACGGAAGCCUUGUUUCCGUAUAUCAAUGGCUUCAUCUUGGAGUCUCUUUUUUCAGUGAUUAUGCUGCAAAGCAUGACGGCCGCACACCAUACCUUAAUCCUAGCCCAGCAAGCCGCUGGCAACUUGGUCGAAAUCUCGGACAAGCUGGGUUUGACACUGCCUGGCACAACAAGACCAUAUUUUUCGACUGGUGGAACUCAGACGUCGGAUUUGGCGCCACAAGCAAUGAGACCUGCUCCCAGGCAAUCUACAUAUACCCAAACAGCGUUGGAGCAGUGAAUUAUCGCGACACGUAUUCCGGGCCGCCAAUGCUCCCUUUCUGGGGUUUUAGCGAUAGCAACAUUGGCCCCUUGGCAGGAGUUCCUGAUCUGGUUGUUCCAAUUGGCGAAAUUCCGUACAAUAGCACCAAGAGCGGCAAAACGGAAUACGCACCAGUAACGAUGAGCUUAGUCGUUGCUCGCGGCUGUGAUUUGAUGGUCGCCAAUCUGGUGCGCGAAAUGGAGGCUCAUGGAAUCCUCGUACCAGUUGCAACUGGUCCGAUGUUAUAUCCUUAG